AUGUGUUGCCUUACAGAGAACCCUGGGGAAGAGCGCCCUGCUGCAAGGGAUGAUUCACGCCAGCGAGAGCGUGAGCGGAAGUCGGAUGCAGAAGCCUCUGGCAAGCGCCGUGGGGAGACCUCGGAUAAGGAGGUCGAGAGACAGCAGCAGGGGGCUAAGGACGUGGAUGCGGCUGCUGUCAGCAGGGAAUCCCUUCCCCCGUCUGCUGGGGGAACGGGGGGCGCCCCCCUGGAGAAGGGCGGGUACGGUAAGUCGGUGGGCGAAGAGGUCCACCAGGAGAGGGAGCGCAAGGACGGCAAGGAUGGCAG